CCAUGCAACAAAAUGAUUAUAGUAACGAUAAUGCAAUUUCAAUUCGAAGCGGGGGGAAAUUUGGUGUAUUUGAACAUGACGUCCAAGUUGAUUUUUCUUUAAUUGAUUUAAUCCAUGGCCAAUGUGUUUUUACACCCAGAAUACAACAUCAUAUGAAAAGUCGAGCUCUUUAUGGAAAGGGUUUUGGUCUAAUGAAAAGAACUUUGAAUUUAGCAAUCCAAACUGGGCGUACUGAAGAGCUUUAUGAAUUACAUCAGCAAUAUAUUAGUGAAAUGGAAAGGCAACUAGCAGAACAAGAAGGGCGUGUUUUGCAAUCAGAUGAUGAAUAUAAUUAUGAUACAAUUAGCAAUCCUCUAAACCCACGAACUAAGGGUCGGAAACGUCAAAAACGUAUAGCGGCAUUCAAUGAUGGUGCACGAAAAAAAGUGUCAAAGGAAACAACUAAUUUGCCGCAAAAUGAGGAUUUAGUGAGGACGGCUAAUUCCAACCUUAAUAAUGAAUCAAUCAAUGUAGACAGUACUGAAGGUGUUGAAGGUUCUGAAGAACAAGGUCAAAUAAUGCAUGAACAAAUUCAAGACGUUCAAGGACAAGAACAAGGCAAGAAAAAACGUGCAUAUAUAUGCGGAAAUUGUGGUCAAGAUGGUCAUCGUAAAUCUUGCUGCCCAAAUCAGUAA